AUGUUUGAUGGCUCGAUAAGACCUCCAAGGGUUAUACGACUUUCUGGAACCUCGUUCCUGGAGAAACCAUCCACCGAUCGCAAAAAUGAGCUUAAAUUUGAUAGGUUUUCACAGUUAAGGGCUAGAUCCGCUAGAAAGAUUAAAGACUAUUUACAGCUCAGAAUAAUACUUAGGAGGGAAGUUGGAUUGUUAAAAAACUGCAUAAAUGACUAUAUUCAUGAUGUUAGGCAGUUUGUUGCCAACAAAUUCUCAUUUGAUGAUUAUCCUUUGGAUAAAUUGGUCUCAAAACAUCCGGUAUGUAGAUUGAUGAGGGUAUUAGUUGCAAUAUCUAAGUAUGAUACAAAUAGCAAACCAUUACCAUAUGUGUAUGAAUGUUUGGAACACAUUAUAGAAUGGUUUAAUACACCUGAAAUUAGGGUGACUUUCAUUUUGUUAUCCACGGAUAAAUUGUCAAAAGAUCAAUUCAUUCUUUUGAAUUGUAGAUUUCUUAAGAUAUUCUUUCCAUUUGAUAAAAGAAUAGGCGAUAAAUCAUCUUUUCUUAUUAAAGGGGUGUUAAGAUUUGAUGAAGAGCCUUUUUCUGAACAUGAUAUACUACUGUGUAACUAUGUUAUGAUUCUGUUUUCAACGUUUCCAAGAUCUGCUUUGGAUGAAAUAUUCAAACGCUAUGAAUUAAUAUUAUAUUGGUAUCCAAACACUUUUAGAAGAUGGUUUGUGUAUAGUAAGGAGAAAGAUUUAUUUCACUUGUUUCAAAGCCUAUAUCAGUUAUUUGAGCCUUUUAUUUCCACACAUUAUGAUGCAAUGAAUUUGUUAGUAAACUUUUGGGGAUUUCCAAACAUUUUUAAUAUGGACAUAUCGCAAAAAUCACUCAUAAAUAUUAUGAAAUGUACUAUACAUGAUAAACUUUUGGUUGGAUGUAAUGGAAUAGGAUAUAAAUAUUCUUCACAUUGGCUAGAUGAGAAAAAACCAACAUCUGUAAUUAAAAGUUUACUAAAACAUUUGUCAAAAAUAUCUAAGGACGUUCUACCUGCAGAUUUGGCACUUAAUAAGACAAAAAUGGAAGAAUUUGAAAGACAGUUAAAACAUGAAAUUGAAAUCGGUACAAAUGAAAGCAACCUGAAUAUUUUACACUAUAACAUAAAUGGAAAACCAGUCUACGCACAUAUUUUUGACACAUUUAUAGUACUUUUGCAAAAAUUAGUUGAAUUUAACAUCUUUUGCCAAGAUGAAAUGUUACCGCUCACUGAGGCACUAUUAGACGUUUUACUUCUGUGCUUUAGUCAUUUUGAUUUUGAAUCACGCCCUGAUUUAUAUCAUUUACAGAGUAGUUCGAAUUUCUUUUGGACAAAAUUGCUUUGUCUCUCCAAUUUUAGUAAAAAAAGCGUGUUUAUUAUUGUACAAUUGUUAAUUCCCCUUUACAGAAAAUCGCAUUUUAUUAAUAGUUGGGAAUAUUAUACUGUAGAAAGAGUUCUAAAUGGUUUCAUGGAUAUUGAUGUUUACCAACCCACAUUCGAGCUUGAUACCUCUAUAGCGAAUGUUUUACUAUCGGGCUCCAUUAUUCCCUCAUUACUGGCUCUCUUUAAAGAGCACAAUAAGAAAUGUUGUAAUAAUGAUUUAUUAGUACUUUUUUCACAUUUUGACCAAAAAUUAUCCAAUAAUUCAACAAUGUCAUCACUCUGGUCUACUUUCUUGUUACUCCUAAAUCACUCACUAAAAUUUAUGUAUGAUAACGAAAUAAUAACCGUGGAGGAACAUUUUAAAACAGGAUUGAUGGAUAUUGAUGAUGCUAAAUGGAUUGCAAAGGUUUUAAAUUAUUUCUUUUGGUAUAAGUUUAUUGAUAGAAAAGUUGAUAGAAAUCCUGAACUUUCUAGAAGUAGUUGGUAUCCAUACUCGUGCAUUUGUAACUGUGGAAUGGAAAUUCUCUCUAAUUCUAUUUCUAACUAUGCUUUUUCCAUAAAUAAUUCUGAUAAUAUUCUUCAUGAAAUUGGAGCUCUUUCUAGAAAAAUGAAUGAGCGUCUCCACAGAUUAGCCGUAAAAGAUAAUUUUUGGAUUAUCCCCGAAGUUGAUGGUUCAAUUAUUAACAACUUGAUAGGUAAACAACACAAAAGAGAGUUUUUAAAAAUAUUAGAGUAUAUUCCUCACGUGAUAACUUUCAAAAAUCGUUUAUCCAUAUUCUACAAGUUUAUCGAAACUGAUAAACUUUUAUCUAGAGACCAUGUAAACGAUCUUAUUAAUCCUUCUGUAUAUGUGAUUAGAAGGGCAUUUAUUGCGGAGGAUGGUCUCUCAACCUUGGGUGUUCUAAAUGAUCACCAACUCAGACAAAUUUUUAGAGUUAUGUUUGUUGAUGAAAAUGGUAUUGAGGAGCAAGGUAUUGAUGGUGGUGGUAUUUUUAAGGAAUUUCUAAUUACACUAUGUUCUCGGAUUUUUGACCCUACCUACGGAAUUUUUGAGAUGUUACCGGACGGAUCUUAUUGGCCAUCUCCUAGUUCUGAGUUAAUUCAUGAAGAUCACCUUAAAUUAUUCUCAUUCAUAGGAAAAGUGGUAGGCAAAGCUAUUUAUGAGCAAAUCUUAGUAGAACCUGUAUUAUCCAGGUUGAUAUUAAACAUGAUUCUGAAACGUAGGAACACCACGGAUGAUUUAAAGCUAUUUGAUAAAACCGUCUACCGUAGUAUCGUUAGCAUGAGAAAAAUGUCUGAGGAUGACAUUAACUCAUUAGGUUUAACAUUUACAUGCACACAAAAUUGCUUCGGGAAUUCUAUACAAGAAGACCUUAUUGAAAAUGGUAGAAACAUAAAGGUGACGAAAGACAAUUUAGAAUCUUUCAUACACAGUUUCUCUGAUUUCAAGUGUAAUAGAAUUAUUGAGAGUCAAACGUCAGCCUUUUUGCAAGGUCUAUCAACUAUUAUUCCACUAGAGUGGCUACAGAUGUUUUCCCCAUCUGAGCUGGAACUUUUAAUAUCUGGAUCAUCAGAAGAUUUAAAUAUUGAGGAUAUGAAGAAAAAUACCGUAUAUGGAGGAGGAUAUACUAAUGAAUCUGACACUAUACGCUGGUUCUGGGAAAUUAUGACAGAAUUCAAUCCCAAGAUGAGAAGUUCACUUUUGCUGUUUGUAACCUGCUGUAAAAGAGCUCCUCUACUAGGAUUCAAACAAUUACAACCGCCAUUUUGCAUUCACAAGGAACCAGAUUCUAAAAGACUCCCCACCGCUUCAACCUGCUUAAACCUCUUAAAACUCCCAGAAUACUCAAGUAAAGAUAUCUUGAGAUCAAAAAUAUCAGAUGCGAUGUCUAUGACAAAGGGAUUCGGACUUCACUAA